AUUGAUGCCUGCCGCCCCAUUCUCCAUCCCGGCCAUUACUCGGCCACGACUUGCCGACUACGAUGCCAGCGCCAAGCCUCCGCCGCCCAGCUAAAAAUCCCCCAGGCGUUCCUGAGCACCCGUUUAUCAUCACAUGACCGGAGUCGGCCAGAAUUUGCCGUAGCUCUCGCCCCCGCUCGCCGUGCGCUUCUCGUCCCAUUCCCCCGGGAUCGUAGAUUCUCGAGCUGAGCUGAGCUGAGCUGAGCUGAGCGAUGGAUCGCGAGCUCAGCCCCAGGGGCAAUGCUCCAGGGAGAGGGAGCGGCGGCGCGUCGUCAUCGAAGCACAAGAACGGCGGCGGCGGCAAGAAGCCGAUCAAGGUGCUUUACAUCGCCAACCCCAUGCGCGUCCAGACCAGCGCCGAGGGUUUCCGCGCCCUCGUGCAGGAGCUCACCGGCCAACACGCCGAUCCCUCCAAGUACAGCCCCGGCGACCUUGACUCCGGCGCUGCCGCACAGGGUCUGAGCCCCAGGGCCAGGGUCGCGGACGUUUCGUCGGAAACCAUCGUCGCAAGCCACAGCCCUGGCAGUAAGGCCGCGCCGCACGGAGGGGACUACUACGACGUCGAGGAAGACGAAGAUGACGUCUUCAGGUCGCCUCACAUGCUGCUGGAGAACAAUUAUACGGUGUUCUCGCCGCCGACGCUACUAUAUGACCAUCACCCGCACAGCAAGACCUUGGCUCCGCCGCCACCGCCUAGGGACUGAGCCCUAGGGCUAAGGGUGCGGACGUGUCAUCGAAAACCAUCAUCGCAAGCCCCAGGCCUAGCAAUAAGGUCGUGCCACACGGUAGGGACUACUACGAGGAGGAAGAUGACGAUAGCGGCUUCAGGUCCCAACUGCUGUUGGAAAACAACCAUACAAUGUUCUCGCCACCGACGCUACUCUACAACUAUCAUUCGCACAACAAGGCUACUUCUGAAUCGGAGGCUGGGUUCGCAGCGGAGCAUGACAAUUUCUGGUCCAAAUGAAGCUGAACAAGUUAAUACGACUAUAGCUACGAAUGGUUUCAGUGAGGAGCAUAGCACAAGACAACACUGGUACAAGAGACUAUAAGCAUGAAUACGAAGAUGGCUACGUACGGCAAUGGUGGUGAAGGCUACGACGAAAGGAUUGCGGCGAUAUUACGGUUGAUGAAUGGCAUGAUGUAUAAUUUUCUUGAUGGACAAAAGGAUAUAUACACCUCCGAUCUGUUUUGUCCAUUGAGCAGCAAUCUAUGUAAUCUUAUGCCUAAUGAACAGGCUAAGGAUGUUUUAGACACAACUACUCUAGUUGGCACAAUGUUGGAUUCGGAAGGGAAACAUUGUAAAACGUUGGUUGCUUCCUUGUGUACAUGUUGCGCGCAGCAUUAUAUUAUAUGUCUAUUGUUUGUCA